AUGAACCACGUCGUUGUUGUCGCCCUCGUCACCCUGGUUGUUAGCAUUUAUGCUGGGAGCGUUGGGGAAUGCCGCUCGGAGUGCGUCGAGCUGAACAGGUUCAAAAUUGUGCGGGUGCACUUGAAGGGUCAGAUGGUGAUGGCCGGUGUGUGCCGCAACACGACACAGGAUCAUGGAGGGAAUCAGGCGACCGUUUUCCCGUUCAUCUGCGACCGAAACGUCGGCGUCUGGGUGCCCGAUGACAGCGAUGAGGAAGGGAUUGUCAAUUUCCCGGUGAAAUGCCCGAAAAACCAGCCGGUUGACGCGUUGUUGAUCGCCGGAUGUCCAAAGGGGGAGACGGCGUUU